GUUGCGCUUGACCAAUAAACGUCAAAUUUGAUCUGUACCCAGCUGACAAAUUAUAAUGUCAUCCUUUUCUCAGCAAUCGACUACCCCGCUGUGUCCUAUUGCUUUUUAGAGAAAAUAUGUAAUUUUUCAUAUGUUUUGAGUAAUAUGAAGCUUACAAACACUAGGAAUGAAAGUAUCCAUUCAUAUUUAUUGUAUUUCUAAUUGAAAUUUACACUACAAGCUUUGAUUGACUGCCCUAUACGUCAUUUGUCUGUAGAGAGCUGCUUAAAAGCUUUUUAAAUGCAAUAUGUUACGAACGCGACAGUAUUCAUAGCGUGCGCGUGAGAAAACCUGACCUAUCGUAAAAAGGAAAAGAUUCACUUUCGGUUUCUUUCGGCUGCUUUCCUUAAGGUCAACAUUCAAUUACUUGAAUGCAAUAAAACUUAAAUGUUUAGGACAAGGUACCAAAACAGACACCCAGCCAUAUGUUUAAUUAGGAUAAACAUAGAAUCAAAGCAGUCGAACUAACUAAACCACCAUAAUGUGUAGGCGUAUAUGUACAAGCACAAACACAACCAUACAAUUGUUAAUAUAUAAGAAGGAAAAUUUUUCAAUAAACCUCACUUGUAACCGAACCUCCAAGCCUACGAGUUUUUCUGUUUGGCAAUUGAUCGGCACUCCACAGAUAGAAACUUAUAUUGAACAUUCAAUAAAAAGCCUAUUUGACAGCCUUUCAAUCUAGUUCGCGUUCGGGAUAAUUUUGACAGUUACAUUUUUGUUUAUAACUCGUGAUCGAGUUGGCAUAGGAAAACAAGCAAUACGUCAUUCGACAGUGAAAAGUGUACGGAACAAGCAGCGAAAACAUCCCGUGAUAAAAAAAAAUGCCAAAAAAGAGUACAUUGUGGAAGCGGAUCACAUGCAUCAUGAUGAUCCGCGCCGGACGCGACAACCGCGACAUCAUGGAGUGCGUGCAGUGUUCGCUGAACACGGUGAAGGCGAUCCGGAAUGAGAUGGGAGAAAACAGCGACGACGACGAAGCGGUGGCAGCACGAAAACCACAUUCUCAGCGGCGGGAUUGCGUGCGGACCGACGCUUUCCUGGCUGACCUCCAGGCGCGCGUGAUGGAAAAUCCGGGGAUCGGAAUUCGGCCGUUGGCACGCCAGAUGGGGGUGGCACCAUCCACGAUGAAAAUGGCCCUGAAUGACGACCUCCGGUACUUCUCUUACAAGCGCCGAAGAGGUCAGUUGUUGACAGAGAAGGGCCGCGAGCGUCGGUUGGGGAACGCCAAGAAGCUGCUCAACUUGCUAAAGCAUCCCGUGGAGCCUGGCACGCUGUGGUUUUUCUCAUCAGAGAAAAACUUCUGCCAGGACCAGAAGGUUAACACCCAGAACAACAGGUGGCUGGCUUACUGCGCGGCGGACGUGCCACGGGUGCCGCAAACCAAGUUCCCCCAGACGGUGAUGGUGUUUUCCUGCGUGUCAUCGGAAGGGGACGUGAUGCCGCCCUACUUUUUCGAGCAGGGGCUGAGGCAGAACGCGGACGGGUACAUUUCCAUGCUGGACACCUUCGUGAAGCCUUGGAUCACGAGAGUGGCCAACGGCAGACCUUACGUGUUCCAGCAGGAUUCCGCUCCGUGCCAUACAGCCUCCAAAACGAUAAAGUGGUUGGCGGCCAAUUUCAACGACUUCACCUUGCCGAAUGUGUGGCCUCCCAGCUCCCCGGAUCUUAAUCCAAUGGAUUAUUUCGUGUGGGGCGCGGUGGAACGGGACACCAACAGAACCUCCAGCAAUACCAAGGCGGAGCUGAUGGCGAAAAUCAGGUCCGUUUUCGCGGCCCUACCCCGCGAAACUGUCGCCAGGGCUUGUUCCCGGUUGCAGAGACGGGUGGAGGCCGUAAUAGAAGCCGAGGGUGGAUAUUUUGAAUAAAAUGAAUAAAAUACAUGGUGACUUUCAAAAUUAUCCCGAACGCCCUAAAAAAAGCCAUUUUACGGAAAUCUAGCCUACAGUUAACACUAGUUCCAACGUUAAGAACUAAUCCUGGUUAAUCUAGGAAAAAGCCAACCGUCUGAUCCUUAUCUAAUUGAAGGCGAGUAGAAACUUGCACAAGAGUUUCCAGGAGUAAACCGUACUUCACGCGGUAAACUCCAUAACGGCGGAAGUGGUGCCUUUAUCACUCUGAACAAUUACACAUCGUGUAGCUUGGCAAGUUACCCAAAAGCAGCUUUCUUGUGUAGUUCAGGAACAAAAAUAUUAUUUUAUUACUUUUUACUAAUCGGUGCCACAACCUAAGCGAUAAGUAUUGGAUAUCUCAUAUUCGAUGUUCUUACUUGAAGUUUUGCCUCCAGCAUUACAUUAAUGGAAUGUUUCAAUAAAUAAAAACUAGGUAUUCCUGCCCUUUGGCUGGCCUUUAAUCUA